AUGGAAAUAGAUGAAAUAGUCCCUAAAGUAGGUCGAGGCUUCAAACCAAUCCCUAAACCGCGUAAAUCAAUUCCUAAGCCCCGUUGUCGAAAAAGCGGUAGUGACGGAGAUAAGAAAGGUUCUUCCAAAGACACUGUAUUUUGUUGUGAGAAUCCAGAGAAAAGGACCUCUAGCGACAUUAUUGAACUUGAACCAAUCCCGAAAGACACUAGGAUCCAAGAGAAACCCCGACGAAGCGGAAGAAUCGCAACUCGCAAAUUGACCAGUAACACAGGGACAAUUUCGACUAAACUAGCACAACAAUUACUUGGAGAGGAGAAAAAUGAAGAAUCUCCAUGGACCAAAUACUAUCGACCGGACCCAGAGCUGGCACGUAAAUACCUGGAAGAGAAGGCCGCGAUGUCUAUGCAACAGAGGAACGCAGGAGACGCUCCGCGAGAAGUCGCCUCGCCAUCCGCGCCGACCCUCUAUCCACGGGUGCCGAUGAUGGAUGAAUAA